AUGGCCUCUGACUUUCCCCAGCAGCUCCCCCUCCAAUCCAUCCCUACAGAGGGUCCCGCGUCUCACCCUGACGGCCCCCCCACCCGCGACUACUCUUAUGAACAACCACAACCUCUCUUUGACCACCACAACCACUCUUCUUCUCCCAGUCCCAUGUCCUCAGAACUCCCCUUCAACCAGGUAGCAGCUUCUGCUUCUGCUCCAGUACCACCACCCGCACCACCUCAGCUCUUUCCCCAGCAGACCACCACCACCACCACCACUACACCCAUCCCAGACCACCAGCAGCAGCCCCCACCACCACCACCAGUUGCUUCAGGUCCAGGUGCAAACCACUACCCCUCAUCCUCAGGCGUACCGCGUCUACCACCCAUUCUCCAAGUAGAGAAGCAGCAGGUCACCACUUCUGCAACUCAGCUCGCCAGUGCCAGUCGUCGCCGCAACGAGGCCCACUUUGUCUGUCCCGUCCCAGGCUGUGGCAGCACUUUUACACGUCGUUUCAACCUCCGCGGUCACCUGCGAUCCCACACAGAAGAGAGACCCUAUGUAUGCGACUGGCCAGGCUGCAAAAAGGGCUUUGCCCGUCAGCACGACUGCAAGCGCCAUCAGGCUCUGCACGCGGCAAAGUCCCAGUCAAACAUCUGCCAGGGCUGCAAAAAGACUUUCAGCCGUCUCGAUGCUCUCAACCGCCACCUACGCUCCGAUGGCGGUGCUGAUUGCAGGGCGUCCAAUCCAAAGUUUGCCCCGGCCCCGGAAGAGAACCACUCCAACCCCCAGGGGGUCAGUCGAGAUCAUGCUCUUCAGUAG